AUGUCAAAACGUCAUCUUGCUGUUCAAAAUAAAGGUAACGAACAUGAACAACAACCACAAUCAUCAACUAUUCAAACACGAUUAUCAUCAAAACGUGCUAAUACAAAUGAAUUGAUUUCAAUUAAAAAACCAAAAAUUGAAGAAAAACAUGUUGAUAAAGAAAACAUACCAAAACGUGAAACACGUCAAAGUACAAAGGCAAAAGAACGCGAACUUUUACCAUUACCACCAUCACCAGUACCAGUAUCACCAAUCGAAACUAUCGAAGCAAAACCUGAUAAACCUAUGAAUCCUCCUGAUAAUACUGAUGAUGAAAUUGACAAUGACGAAGACGAAUAUUUAACAUUACCAAUUGAUGAUAAUGAUAAUGGUAAAGAUCAUCCAACAAAUAAAGAAUAUGUUAUCUAUGAAAAUGCUCGUCCUAAUAAACAACCAUCAAUUAUAUCUAAAACAGCACGUUAUUGGACGAAUAAAUAUCGUAAAAAUCUUCGUCAUGUUAAUCCGGAUGCCUAUGGAAUGUAUAUUCAUGCUGAUUUUAGUUGUUAUGGCGAAUUAGAAGUUGUUGAAAAUUGUUUACUUGAUUUAACUAAAACAAUAUUUAUUGUUCAACAAGGUAUUUUAGCACGUUUAAAUUAUCAACGUAAACCAGCUGAUAAAGUUAAUUAUGUUCUUGGCUUUCGUCGUCUUGAAACAUUAACAUUAUUACUUGAAUAUACUGAUAGUAUAAGUGGUAUUGAUGAUGGUGAUCGUUUUUAUGCUAUAAUGCGUGUUAUUGGUUCGUGUUAUGUAACAAUUCUUCGUGGUUUAUUACCUGAUGUAAUGUUUAAAAAAAUUCAAACUGUUGAUGAAAUUUUAAUUAAAAAAUUAAAUAAAAUUUUGAAACAAAUACCAAAUUUUAGACAAGUUUUAGAACAAGCUCUUAUUAUUGGUCAUAUGUUUUUAACUAUUGCUGAUGUUUGUAGUGCAUAUACAAAUAUUCUUCAAAUUGUUUAUUGUAAUUGGGUUUUAAUUAUGGAUAAAAUAUCAAUUGAUUUAAAUGAAAAAUCCAAUGAUAAACUUAUGAAAGCAUUAAAACAUGCUUCUCAAAUUGAUAGAAAUAAUCUUGAAUAUGGUGAUAAAGAAUCAUUUGAUUUUUUAAAAGAAUUACGUUCAUAUAAAGUAAAUUAUGGUCUUGGAGGUGAUGCACAUGAUCUUAGUAAAUGGUCACGAAAUGAACGUGCGGUUUAUUCAUAUCGACGUUUUAAUCCUUUUGAUGGCUUGUUUUCUUUUCUUUAG